GCAGUAAUCUGGCUGCGCUGCGACCGCUGAGGAUAAGUGGACACAUCAGCUGACUCGGAAGUGCGCUCGGUAUAUUCAGCGGGUUCGCUGCGUUCGUUUUGGGCUUCGAACCCCGCUUUCUGAAAUUAAAAACCCGUUGUUGUGGGACGGACAGCGCUGUGACAAAUGGCUACGACUAUCACCACUCAGCGGGGGCAGGUGUACAUCGGGGAGCUACCGCAGGACUUCCUGCGCAUCACGCCAACUCAGCAGCAGCAGCAGGUGCAGUUGGAUGCGCAGGCAGCCCAGCAGCUGCAGUAUGGAGGGGCAUUUGGCGCAGUGGGACGGCUUAGCAUCACCGUGGUGCAGGCCAAGCUGGCAAAGAACUACGGCAUGACUCGGAUGGACCCUUACUGCCGGAUCCGGCUUGGCUACGCCGUCUAUGAGACUCCCACGGCUCACAAUGGUGCCAAGAACCCACGGUGGAACAAAGUGAUCCAGUGCACUGUUCCUCCCGGAGUGGACUCCUUCUACCUGGAGAUUUUUGAUGAGAGAGCCUUUUCUAUGGAUGAUCGCAUUGCCUGGACACACAUCACCAUCCCAGAAGGCCUUAAGGAGGGUGGCGUGGUGGACGAGUGGUACAGCCUCAGUGGCAGACAGGGUGACGACAAGGAGGGCAUGAUCAACCUCGUCAUGUCUUUUGCCUCUGUACCAGCUGGUAUGAUAAUGCAGCCGCAGCCCGUUGUCCUCAUGCCCACGGUUUACCAGCAGGGAGUUGGAUACGUGCCCAUUGCAGGCAUGCCUGGCAUGUAUAACCAGGGAAUGGUGCCCAUGGGAAUGCCUGCUGUGCCCCCAGCUGCUCCUCAGGGUGCCCCCUGCAGCGAGGAGGACCUCAAGGCACUGCAGGACAUGUUCCCCAAUUUAGACAGAGAGGUCAUCCGCACCGUGAUGGAGGCUCAGCAGGGAAACAAAAACGCAGCUAUCAACUCCCUGCUGCAGAUGGCCGAGGAGCUGUAAUGGCAUCUAGGAUGCGUUCCCACUCUGCAGCUGCCUGUACAUACUUCUAAUGUAUAUGUGUACUUAUGUGUACCUGCGUCUGUGUGUUUGAUACAUACUGUAGAUGUACAAAUAUAGUUAUAUACAGUAUAUAUAUAUUUAAAGGGUAAUCAUUUAUUUAAUAAAUGCUGAUGGAUAAUUGGGUCCAGGAUUGUUAUUGCAGAGCAGCAUUUCCCAGGGGGUGACAGAAUGCAGGGGGUGGGCGCUAGGAUGGGAACUGCUCAGAAUGCCAAUUCCCCGGACGAUCGCUGGUCCCGUCUUUGCCGUUUAAAGCCACACCAUUACAAUGUUUUCUACGGUUGCGACUGGUGUUCUUGCACAUUGCUCAUUCUUUCCAACCAAAUGUUAAUGCUUCUUCGUGUGCUGAGCGGUCGCUACCCUAAGCUCACGUGUUGUUAUGAAGUGCGUGAAUAUUGCAGACUGCCAAAGGUUUUGAAUCCUGCUUUUAUUUGUUGCGUUUCAUGUGGUGAGUAAAGACUUUUAUACCCUCAGAACGAACCAUUUGGCCAUUUUUAUCACAGCUGUGUUAAUGUUUUCUGUUGGCCUCGAACUUUGACAGCUAUUCAGCAGGUUGGUUUACUGCCAGAGAUGAUCACUGGGGUGAUUUCUGCCUUGGCAACGCAUGGGGGGUGACCUUAUCUGACCUCAGCAGUAGACUAGCUAGUGUGAACCCAUGGUACACACUGGUACUGCUAUUUCUGCUUUACUGUGCAGAAUGGAAGGCAAAAAAAUUACUUGUUAUUGGGAUCUUUAUGAAACCUUCAAACUAAUUUAAAAACUACAUAGUUAUUGCCAUGUGGAGAAAGCCAGAUCGGACAUUUCCUUUUUAAUUAUGGUUUUUACAUCCACACUAGGUAACUUAGUCAAUUCAUAAAUGCAGUAAUCAUGCCUCUAGUAUUGAAUGGGACUAUCUGUAGGGCUCAGGAUUGAUUUUGAUUUGCUCUUGCUGUUGUUUAUGAAAUUUACAAUGCACUAUUUGUGAUAACACAAUUUACUGAUAAUGCUUAAAAUUUAGGGGUUUUUUUCCUUUUGAUUUAUAUGUAAAGAAAUAUAUCAGUGUUGGGUUGAGGGUUGAAAGCAAGCUCUGCCAGGCCUUGUUCGGCAUAUGCAAACAUACCCUUCCUUAAUAUGAUGUAAUACUGGACAGAACCUGACUGACCUAAACUGUCAUAGCCUGAAUAAAUGGUGUUUUCAA